AUGUCAUUCUUCACCCCCACCCCACCCCCACUCCCACAGGCGAUGAUGCCUCCUGUCCAACUGGACCCUCGGUUGCUUCGGUCUGGCAGUUAUAAUCAUCAUAUUUUUCCCGUGCUAUGCACCAAUUUUGUGGUGUAUGCUCUCCUGUGUUGUUUCAUUACGCUCUUCGGUAGAGCUUUAAAUCUGCAGCUAGAAUCUACGGAGGAUGACGGGGUACAUGGUGGAAUGUUGAUCCCUCUAGUCUUUUGUGGGACUUGGAUGAGACCUCCCCGAACUGAGGAAGACGGGAGUGUGGAUCAGUCUGAAUGGUCAAGUAUUCAGCCUGUGUCUGCAUCUUCGCCUGUCAGCUCUCAUGUUGCAUGUCAAUCCGCCCUUGCAGUUGGAAAAUCUGAAUCCACGAAUCUCCCCAAAGCUGUAAUGAUUGCCGUGAUGAUCCAGAUGCCUUCUCCCGUUUUCCAGUGUCGAAACGAUAGAAAGGGUCGUACAUACAACCCCGCUAGACCAGACAAUCCGUUGUCGGAGUAUCAGAUUGGCGUAGCACAGAUUCACCGCUCAGUCAUUGCACCAGGGUGGCGGGAGCGCCAGGGGUCCUGUCUCGUGAUCGGUCCUCGAUGGAUAGAGCUGUAG